GCUGGGGUACACAAUCGCCGGACGUUGAGUAAUCACCUUUGGGGCGCAAGUCAUAACAUUUCCGAUAGAAUUACAGUGUUUAGGCAAAAGUCGGCUUGUCAGCUAUGUGAACGUUCCUAUUCUACAGAGAGCACAAAAAAGGCAGCAAGCCCGGAAAUUCUGUCGAAGUUGUUCCCCCAAACUGCACUUAAUGUUGAUGAGGAAACUGAACGUGAACGAAAACGCAAGGAUGAGGAAGAGGCAAAGGAAAAUGAAAAAGCUUGGAAGCGUAUGAAAAUCGGAUUUGGAGUUUUUGGUGGAAGCGGUAUAGCGCUUGUGGUGUGGGCGGUGUAUGAAUUCGGAAAGCCGGAGGUAGACGCCGAGGGACAGGUUAUUGAAGAUGAAUUUAGCAAAAGUCCUGCGGUUCAACAAUACAUACAGCGGAUGUGGAAGUCUUUGAACUACUAUCAAAAAAUGAUACAAGAACCGUCUCGCGAUAAACUCUUGCCAGACCCAUUAAAACCUCCCUACGUACAGCCGCCAUAUACGUUAGUACUGGAAAUGAAAGAUGUCCUGGUACAUCCAGAUUGGACAUAUCAAACUGGUUGGCGGUUUAAGAAACGACCUGGUGUUGACCAAUUUCUACAGGAAUGCGCUAAGAAUUUUGAAAUUGUGGUUUUUACAGCCGAACAAGGAAUGACUGUAUUUCCCAUAUUAGAUGCUCUUGAUCCCAAUGGAUGUAUUAUGUAUCGUCUAGUUCGGGAUGCAACGCAUUUUGUAGAUGGGCAUCAUGUCAAAAAUUUAGACAACUUGAACCGAGAUUUAAAAAAGGUCAUUGUUGUGGACUGGGAUCAAAAUGCAACCAAAAUGCAUCCUGAUAAUACAUUCAACAUUGCGAGAUGGUUAGGCAAUGAUGACGAUACUCAAUUGUUGGAUUUAAUUUCAUUUUUAAAAACCCUGGUAGCUGCCGAAGUCGAGGACGUCCGUGACGUAUUACACUACUAUCAACAGUUUGAGGACCCUAUAGCUCAGUUUAGAGAAAACCAACGGCUUUUGUUAGAGCAAAUGCAGGAAAAGGAGCGCGAGGAACAAACUAAGCAAAAACCAAUUGUGAAGAAAUGGACCCCGAGUUUUCUAGGACGUUCGUCGUAAACUACAUGAUCAUACCGUAAUACCAGCCCUUCCACUUGCUUUGUAGUACAUGCUCAUUUGCUAAGUUUUUAUUAAUUAAAAUGAAAAGUUUUCUUCACACAA